UGGAGAGGUAUGGAACCAUAAAAUGGACAGUUGGACAGCUCUAAUAUAGAUAGCUACAGUUUCAGGAGUCGUGUGUAGGACAAAAGAACCUCAUUGUGUGUGAAUAUGACUUUGUCCCUGAAGGGUUACACACAAAUAUCAGAUUAUAAAAAAACAAAACUAUAUAUGUCCAAUGUUUUUGAGAUACUAAUUUGCAAGGGAAUAAGAUACUAGGCAUAUUUGCAUUUUUAUUCACCCUGUUGUCUCUAAUCUGUGUUGAAUCAUUUCCUUGUGUCUUCCUGCAAAGCUCGGGUGCACAUAAUAUUGUACUUCUAUAAAAUCAGAGAAACUUGCUUCCAGAAAAUGCCGACAAGACUACAAAUAUAUUGGGCAGUCGUCCUUAUAAUAGCAUGGCCAUGUGGAUUUAUCUUAAACUCAUCCAUUGUAGCCGUGUAUCUGAGCUACAGAAAGAAAGAGUGUGACAGAAUCCUUCUCACCAUGGCCUGCUGCAAUGUUCUCCUGCUGAGCCUGCUAGCAUUUGAUAUGACAUUUUUUACCUAUGGGCUAUACAUCCUGUUUGACAAAGAAUUAUUUUUGGCCAUUUCUAUUAUACUCUUCUUCUCCAUUAAUUUCUCAUUUUGGCUGACUGCCUGCCUGUCCGUCUACUAUUGCUUGAGACUGGUCAACUUCUCAUGCCAAAUCUUGAUUCAUUUACAAAGAAGAAUCUCGUUUGUGGUUACCUUGUUCCUACUGGUUUCAGUUCUGAUUUCAUGGGUAAUUAAUCUUCCAGUUAUUUGGACCGUUCAAAUAACCAAAACAAAUGCUACAAGUACUUAUCAGGAUUAUAUAUUUAAUUGCAAUCAACUCUACAUGUUUUUUAACAUUGUUUUUGGAAGCGCUUUGCCUUUCGUUGUAACGUCUCUCUGCAUCGGGAUCUGUCUGAUAUCUCUUCUGAGGCAUGUUCAGAGGAUGAGACAGCACAUUUCUGAAUUCUGGAGCCCACAGUUGAAAAGCCACGUGAAAGCAUUCAGGACAAUGUUGCUUCUUUUAAUUCUGAACCUGAUUUUCUUCACAGUAUUUGGUAGUCUCUAUCUAGCUGAACAUGAUCUGGAAGAUGCAUUGCAAACUGUGCUUUGGUCUGGUACCAUGUUCAUUCCGUCAGGACAAGCCUUAAUUCUGAUCUUUGGAAAACCUAAAUUAGCAAGCGCUUGGUCAAAAACGAUGUCAAUGUUUGGAUCAUGUGCAAGAAAUGUGUAAUGCUGUUAAUAAGCACAUGUUCACUAUACUGUAUAGAUCUGUAGUUAAUGCGGUGAAGGAAUACUCUAUAAAUAAGAUAUUUUGAGAGGAUAUUUUAUGCUUACACCUUUGCCUGACAUUUGAGUUCCAAAGUAUUUGCUGGAUUGACUGACCUAAUGUAUCUUUUCUGUUUUAUUUGUUUAGAGAUAAUGAUUAUGUUUGUGUGCUCCAGGAAAUAGAUAUCAGAUGUUAAUAAAGAGUAAAGUCAAAAUAAUAUGUUAUGUAAUACAGUCAUGGUUCUAUAAUACAUCAAUUUCUAAACAAAUGCUGGUAAA